AUGUCGCAGCUUGCACACAACGUUCAGCUCUCCAUUUUUGAGCCAGUCGCGCAUACUCGUGCCAACCGCAUCAUAUGCACGAUUGGCCCCAGCACGCAGAGCGUUGAGGCACUGAAGGGCCUUAUAACAAGCGGAAUGUCCGUUGCGCGCAUGAACUUCUCACACGGCAGCCAUGAAUACCACCAAACAACGAUUAACAACGUGCGUGCUGCUGCAGCCGAACUUGGAGUACACAUUGGCAUUGCGCUGGAUACGAAGGGGCCAGAGAUUCGUACCGGCCUCUUCGAGGGUGGCGGGAUCUCUCUUUCGCCGGGCGAUACCGUGCUCCUGACGUCUGACCCCGCAUUUGAGAAGAUUGGGACGAAGGAAAAGUUCUACGUGGACUACCCCCACCUCGCCACAACGGUGCGCCCGGGUGGCUUUAUUUACAUCGACGACGGUGUGUUGAGCCUCAAGGUGUUAAGCAAGGAGGACGACUGCACAUUAAAGUGCUAUGUGAACAACGCACACUAUUUGACAGAUCGCAAGGGGUGCAAUUUGCCUGGCUGUGAAGUGGAUUUGCCGGCAGUGUCGGAAAAGGACCGUGCGGACCUGAAGUUUGGCGUGGAGCAAGGCGUCGAUAUAAUUUUUGCUUCCUUUAUACGCACGGCGGAACAGGUGCGUGAGGUGCGUGUGGCGCUUGGAGAAAAGGGCAAGGACAUACUCGUUGUCUCCAAGAUUGAAAACCAUCAGGGCGUGCAAAACAUUGAUGCAAUCAUUGCAGCCAGCGACGGUAUUAUGGUGGCGCGCGGUGACCUCGGUGUGGAGAUCGCGGCGGAAAAGGUUGUCGUGGCGCAGAUGAUUCUUAUCAGCAAAUGCAACGUGGCGGGUAAACCCGUCAUUUGCGCGACGCAGAUGCUUGAGAGCAUGACAACCAAUCCUCGUCCGACGCGUGCGGAGGUCUCAGACGUUGCCAAUGCGGUUUUCAAUGGUGUGGACUGUGUAAUGCUCUCUGGAGAGACAGCCAAAGGAAAGUAUCCGAAUGAUGUGGUGCAGUGCAUGGCCCGUAUUUGUCUGGAGGCCCAAAGUGCCACAAACCAGGCUGUGACGUUCAACAGCAUCAAGAAGAUGCAAACGAUUCCCAUGUCCCCGGAGGAGGCCGUGUGCAGCAGUGCCGUGAAUUCUGUCUACGAGGUCCGGGCAAAGGUGUUGCUGGUGCUGAGCAACUCGGGCCGCAGCGCGCGACUUGCAAGCAAGUACCGCCCCAACUGCCCAAUCGUCUGCGCCACGACGCGCAUGCGGACGUGCCGUCAGCUCACCAUCACGCGGUCCGUGGAGCCCGUGUUUUACGACGCCGAGCGCCACGGCGACGACGAGAGCAAAGAGAAGCGGGUGCAGCUUGGCGUUGAGUACGCAAAGAAGCGGGGCUACGUUGUACCGGGCGACCUCGCGGUGGUGGUGCACGCGGACCACAAGGUGAAGGGGUACCCGAACCAAACCCGCAUUGUCUACGUCAGCUGA